AUGAGCCACAAUUACAACGGUGGCAGGUAUGGCCUGGACCGAAGCAAUCGUCAAUAUCGACUCCCACCACCACAUUCAUCGAUUCCAAUAGGACUCAUUGUGGACGAUCAACACAUGAGCUCACACCAGAGAACAGACGUACCGCAUUCGAGGAGCGAUCUCCCCUCACCAAGAGAGAGCCUCCCAUCUGUCCAUCAACUUCUGUCUGACACAAAUACAAGCUACUUGCCUUCUAUUACUACUCAGUGUCACGGCCGUAGCCUACAAAGCUCACCAUCCAUACGUUCGCGCCCUCCUAGUUCACAUUACAACCCUCCACGAAGCUCCGAUGGAGCAUUCUCUGAUUACGCCUCUCUGUCUCCUUCUAGUGACAGAGAAUAUGAGCAUUAUCGCAGCCCACAGUCUACUAGACUACUUCCAAUUUCACAAGUAGGGUUGGAGGCAUCUCACACAUGUCCGCCUCAUAGAGCUUGCUUGCACCUUGUGUCGGAUGACGAAUCCCCCCGGAGUCAGUCCGUUUCGAGGGAUCCCACGGCAAGUCCGGGACACUCCGACCCGUCGUUAUCUCACUUUGUAUCAAGCCCGAGGCAAGAGGGCUCACAGGCUGGUCCACGAGGAGGGCCCCCUGCUCCUAACCAGGUCGUCGAUGAGCGGUAUCUACCCGGGAAAGGGGUCUGCUAUAUCUUUGCAGACAAUUCAUACUGCCCGAAACUGAUUGACGGUCAGCCAGUCAAUCCAAAUUGGGGGUUGACAAAGGCUGGUAAAGCGCGGAAACGAUUGGCGCAGGCCUGUAUUCCUUGUAGGGAGAAGAAGGUGAAAUGCCAGCCGAAUCUUCCCAAAUGUGAUCAAUGUCAAAAGUCGGGGCGAGAGUGUCGGUUUGAAAGCGCACCUCGCGGAAGUCGAGCUCGAUCUUCUUCAUAUGAUCCUGUGUCGGCGUAA